AUUGCAUGCCAUGAUAAUGCCCAAAUUCUACCGCACUAGACACAAUUUCAUAAGUUGUAUGAUACCUCAUCCUUCGUUUAGAUGAACAGUCGAUCUUACAAGAUAUCGAAUAAAAUUCUACGCAGUAAAAUCGGCGUUGGAGGACUAACGCAGAGAACCAAUCGAGGUCAUAACAGUGACAAGUGGCUUCAGCUGCUUCUAAAUGAAAAUAGGAUAUUGUCAAGGAGAUAUGAUGUGGCAUGACAUUACUUAGUGUUAGUGUGAUUGGUGUUGAGUGACAAGCAGGUCAGUUCUAAUCCUGAGAACAGUGGUGAUCAAAUGGGUGGUCUGUUGGCAAAAUGUGUUGGAACUUCUGCAGGGGAGCAAGCUAACCCUAUACAAGUUGUAGAACCGAACCAAGUGGACCUGACAUUGGCAGGUGAAGAGGAGAACAAUAGAGGGGAAGUGGCAACAGAGGACAACAGCGAUGAGCCUUUAGACCCUGAAAAGGCUCCAUAUCAAGUUUUCCUGCUUGAAACACUAAAUACUUUUAGAAAGGAGAAGCUUUUUACAGAUUUUACGUUAAAAGUGAAUGACAAGGAUUUUCCAGUCCACAAAAAUGUACUGGCCGCAAGUUGUGGUUUCUUUAACGAACUAUUUUCUAAACAUGAUGGUUCUAAUUCAGUUCUACACGAGCUGGCUAAAUUGGAGCCGAACACUAUGGAUAAUGUCAUUAACUUCUUAUACACCGGGAAAUGUAAAGUGGAUCGACACAACGCGACAAUGAUGUUGCAUGCAACCAAAGUUUUAGAAAUAGAAGAUUUGCUGGAGCCACUGGAGAAAAAUAAGGCUUUGGCGUCGGAUAAAACGACGAAUGAUGAAGCUCCUUUUAAAGGAAAAAUGUUUAAUUCACACAAUCAGGGAAAUAUGUUGUCCAAACUUUUAACUUUCCAAAGUGAGGGAUUAUUCUGUGAUUUAACAUUAACAACGGGAAGUGGUGUAGUUAUUCCUGUACAUAAGAAUAUUCUGGCAGCUGUAAGCUGUUAUUUUAAGGGGCUUUUUCGCUCUGAAAUGAAAGAAGUUCAUGAAAGUAAUGUGGAAUUAGCUGUAAUAGACGAGGCUGUCACCGACGAAUUGUUAAAUUUCGUUUACAGGGGAGAGAUUACUAUCAAUUUUGACAACGUAAGGAGUUUAUUACAAGCGAGUGAUUAUUUGUUAAUAGAGCGUUUGCAACGAAGGAUUAUUGAAUUUGUGAGAGAUUCCUCGACGUUGUCAAACUUCUGGCUCGUAUAUUCUCUCGUGAGAAGCUUUGAUUGUCUCAAUGAGAUUUACCAAGAAUUAUUGAAUCUAGUGUGUAAUCAUUUUUGGAGUAUAGCUUCAUCAGACGUUUUUCUUGACAUUCCUGAGCAAGAUAUGAGGUGGUUUCUAUCAAAUGACGAUAUUUUGGCGAGCGAAGCACUAAUGCUAGAAUCUUUAAUUCGCUGGUACAAAUAUUCUAAGCUGGAGAGGGAAGAAUCUUUUAAAAGACUUCUUAAUCUCAUUCAUAUGGGAAGCAUUCCAGAUCUUUUCCUGAAGAAACUGACAACUGACGAUUGUAUCGAUGAGUUGACGUCGUUCUCUGGUUACAAGUUAAAAAAUGAUGUUUCCGACGAAGAUGUUCUCAAGGCAGCACAUUUCUACAAUGUGGCAUUAUUUGGAUUAACACACCGGCUGCAUUACACACAUUCUUACAAUCUCUGCUACUGGCUCCCCUUCGCAGGACCUUGGUCUCUCAUUGCUCGUGUCCCCCAUAACAAGUCGAUGCUGGCUAAUGGAAGUCCUCUUAUUUACACCAAUUCUGGACUGUACGUCCAAGUGCCUUGGAACAAUCCCAAACUGGCCUUUCACAGGAAUCCGCUGACUGCGCGACAUUUCUUUCCAAAUUCGGGCGUGGCACCGACAUGUGACAUUGAGCCUUCCGCACCCAUGACAUUUGAUUGCGCCGCUGUUACCAUGGGACGUAACAUCUAUCUGAUUGGCGGAAUGUCCAUGCAGGAGGUUGCAGAGGUGAAGCGAACAGUUCAGCGGUACGAUGUCGAAAGGCAGACGUGGGCAUCGGUGGCGGACAUGUGCGAACCAAGAUAUGAGCUCACAGCGGUGAACUACAAAGAUAAAUACCUUUUCGUGUUUGGUGGUAUCGAUGGUUCGGCCGACAGGCAGUGCUUGACGACUGUGGAAAGAUAUGAUCCCAUGGAAGACCGCUGGUCUUACGUGAAGCCCAUGCACCAGCCUCGAUCUAGUGCGUUCGCCUUCGUCCACGAUGAAAAGAUUUUUGUAAUUGGAGGAGAACGAGGUGAAGACGUCACGCCGAAUGACUGCGAGGUGUAUGAUCCCGUGACAGACGAUUGGCAGAUGAUUGACAUCCAAGUUAACAAGUUGUUCACUUUCAAAGGACGCGCUGACAAAGGAUCCUUUCUGCAUCUUGAUGGGAGCAGGGAAAACGGAAGGCGAGGCACUGAGACAUUAGAUCCUGCCAUGUAUAAAGAAGUGAAAAUCACUCGACCGUACGUGACAUGUAUCAAUGGAGCUAUCACCAUCCUUGACUUCAGCACAUGCGCAGAUGGACAGCGCAAAGCAGAAUUCUACUUUGUUGACCCCGUGUCUGGUGAUUUUAAAAUGCUACACUCUCUCUUCGCAUGGCCGACGGACAUCUCGUACGGCGCCAUCAUGCCUCUGAGCCGGAGAGAUGUGGUCAAGGCUCUUAAGGAUUAUUCUGCUCAGGACUCUUCUAAAAGUCAUUAUUGAACGAUCGUCGAUGAAUGAAAUUAGAAACUUCACUACACCGGAAGGGAUUGACACACCGGAAGUGAUUGGGUAUAGCUCUUACGGCGGCUCUCUUUCAUUUUUUCUCUAAUUUAACAUAAGUUUUUUUUCACUCUCGGAUACAUGAUUGUGUAAGUAGGAUAGGAUAGAAAACUUCUUCCAUUCUUAGAUGAACAGUAUAUGCGCAAAUUGGACUACAAUCCACGGGCAAUAAAUUCAAAAUUAGAUGAAAUUGUGGCGUUAAAUUUUGACCUGAUUGGUGUUUUAUUCUUAAAAAUAAUUAUCUAUUUCCACGCCAUGAAUUGUAAAACUGGUACGUUUCAACUCCACUCCAGCCUUCUUAGUAGAAUGCAGGAAUACAAACAGAGUAGAGAUCUUUAUAAAGCCAAUGCUGUGUUCUAAGAAAAAUCGAACGGAGCCCAGUGCUCAGAAACUGUGAAAUCCAGGGUGCCCAGCAUAUGCUUUUUAUGAAAAAAGCUAAGAUUCCUGAGUCGCCCAAGAACAAAAGUAAGGCGCUGGGGGGCCACCGGGCACUGCUAGACCACAGCCCUGAAAGCCCUCUCAUCUUAACACUCGCUUCCUUAAAAUUGUAAGAAUGCCCGUAACGUUUUGUGAAUAAUUUUUUGUUCUUUAUAAUAUAGAUGUUUAACUCUGGUUGAUGCAGUUUCCCAGAAGAAUGGAAUGCAAAAUUAAAUGUUAGAUUUAUUUUAA